AUGCCCACUCCUCAACAUCACCAGGCUUCGACCUUCUCCCAAGCGCCACUCAGACACGGUGAUACUCACGACGUGGAGACAACGGGUGUAUUUCAAGGUGGCAAGUACAAGAUCGACCACAGGGAUAGCAAUACGUUGCUCUCGGUGACGCUGCAGCCAGAGGCGCAAAUCAAGGUGAAGCCGGGGGCUAUGUUGGCCAUGGAUCCGACCAUGCAGAUCCAAGGAAAGGUGCCUCACAUGCAACACCACAGCUUCUCGAAAUUCUUCUCAGGCGAGGAGGCGAGUGAAUCUAUCUUCACCGGACCUGGUGAAGUCCUCAUAGCACCCGAGGUAUGGGGAGACAUCGUUCCUAUCACUCUUGACGGUCAAGCACCGUGGAGUGUGAGCAAAUAUGCCUUCCUUGCAUCUACGUCCGGUCUCGUCCGAGGAGUCAGAAGUCAAGGUUUCGCGAAAGGUUUAUUCUCAGGGGAAGGGUUCUUCGUCUCUGAGAUCUCAGGCCAAGGCACCCUCUGGGUGCAAGCCAUCGGUGCCAUUGUGCAACGCCAUCUGCGCCCGGGUGAAGAGUGGAUUGUCGAUAACGGCCAUCUAGUUGCUUGGUCCGCCCAGUACAAGGUAGAGACGAUCAAAGCGAAGGGCGGUUUGUUGUCCAAACUCCACACCGACGAGGGAAAGGUCUGCCGCUUUACUGGACCCGGGACGGUUUAUAUCCAGACCAGGAACCCGGAUACCUUGAUUGGUUGGAUCACCGCAGAGCAGAGCGCUCGGGCUGGUAACUGA